CUUGGAUCCAACGGGGUGUGGCUGAGCAGCCCAGAGACAGACUGGACUCUGAAGCCGGUACCAGUCUGGUUUUCUCACUCCUGGCAUGAGUCAGAGAUCAACUCCAUGAUGCCAGGAGUUCGAGCAAGCUGAAGAUCCUUCACCCUGGAGGCAAAGGCCGAAGCCGUGGAAUCCUCAAAGAACAUCUCAGAUAAGGCCAGCCCGUAACCAACAGGCCCCAUGGCUGCCACUCUUCUCCAGCGCCGCCCACCCCAUCCAUUUGGCCUCCAACACCUGACCAGAGUUCAGCCUGAGGAACCAACAACAGGGGACAAUGCAAGCCCACGAAUUGUUUCGGUAUUUUCGAAUGCCAGAGCUGAUUGACUUCCGACAGUACGUCCGCACUCUCCCCACCAACACACUCAUGGGAUUCGGCGCGUUUGCAGCACUCACCACUUUCUGGUACGCCACGAGGCCCAAAGCCUUGAAGCCACCAUGCGACCUCUCUAUGCAGUCAGUGGAAGUGCCGGGUAGUGGAGGUGCGCGGAGGUCAGCAAUUCUCACCAGUGACGAGACCUUUGAGUAUUACUACGAUGAUGUCCGAACAUUGUAUGAAGGUUUCCAGAGGGGUAUACUGGUGUCAAAUAACGGCCCUUGUUUAGGCUCUCGGAAACCAGACAAACCCUACGAAUGGCUUUCAUACAAGCAGGUGGAAGAAUUGUCCCAAUGUAUAGGAUCCGCGCUAAUCCAGAAGGGCUUCAAGACUGCCCCAGAUCAGUUCAUCGGCAUCUUUGCUCAAAACAGACCUGAGUGGGUGAUCAUUGAACAGGGAUGUUUUGCCUUUUCAAUGGUGGUCGUUCCUCUCUAUGAUACCCUUGGAUCCGAAGCAAUCACCUACGUAGUUAACAAAGCUGAACUCUCUCUCGUUUUUGUCGAUAAGCCAGGGAAGGCCAUACUCUUACUAGAAGGGGUAGAAAAUAAGUUAACACCAGGCCUUAAAAUCAUAGUUAUCAUGGACUCCUUCGGCAGUGAUUUGUUUGAACGAGGCAAGAAGUGUGGGGUAGAAAUCGUCAGCUUCAAGUCAAUGGAGGACCUGGGAAGAGUCAACAGACGGACUCCUAAGCCUCCAGCACCUGAGGAUCUUGCAGUAAUUUGUUUCACAAGUGGAACUACAGGUAACCCCAAAGGAGCACUGAUCACUCAUCGAAAUGUAAUAAGUGAUUGUUCAGCUUUUGUGAAAGUGACAGAGAACGCAGUCAGUCCUUCCCCAGAUGAUACUUUGAUAUCUUUCUUGCCUCUGGCCCAUAUGUUUGAGAGAGUUGUAGAGUGUGUAAUGCUGUGUCAUGGAGCUAAAAUAGGAUUUUUCCAAGGAGAUAUCAGGCUGCUAAUGGAUGACCUCAAGGUGCUUCAACCCACUGUCUUUCCUGUGGUCCCGAGACUGCUCAACCGGAUGUUUGACCGAAUUUUCUCACAAGCAAACACCAAACUGAAGCGAUGGCUUUUGGACUUUGCCUCCAAGAGAAAGGAAGCAGAGCUACGCAGUGGCAUCAUUAGAAACAACAGCCUAUGGGAUAAACUCAUCUUUCACAAAAUACAGUCGAGCAUGGGAGGAAAAGUCAGGUUGAUGAUCACAGGAGCUGCUCCCGUGUCCGCCACCGUGCUCACCUUCCUGAGAACUGCCCUUGGCUGUCAGUUUUAUGAAGGCUAUGGACAGACGGAGUGCACUGCGGGCUGCUCCCUGACCUUGCCCGGAGACUGGACAGCAGGUCACGUUGGCAGCCCUAUGCCUUGCAAUUUUAUAAAACUUGUUGAUGUGGAAGAAAUGAAUUACAUGGCGGCCAAGGGGGAGGGGGAGGUGUGUGUGAAAGGGCCAAAUGUAUUUCAAGGCUACUUGAAGGACCCAGCAAAGACAGCAGAAGCUCUGGAUAAAGAUGGCUGGCUACACACCGGGGACAUAGGAAAAUGGUUACCAAAUGGCACUUUGAAGAUUAUCGACAGGAAAAAGCACAUAUUUAAACUGGCACAAGGAGAAUACAUAGCACCUGAAAAGAUUGAAAAUAUCUACCAGCGAAGUGAACCUGUUGCUCAGGUGUUUGUCCAUGGAGACAGCUUGCAGGCGUUUCUUAUAGCCAUUGUGGUGCCAGAGGUUGAGACAUUACGUACUUGGGCACAAAAGAAAGGAUUUAAUGGGGCCUUUGAAGAACUGUGCAGAAACAAGGAUGUCGUAAAAGCUAUCUUAGAAGACUUAGUGAAACUUGGAAAAGAAGCUGGCCUAAAAUCAUUUGAACAGGUCAAAGGCAUCGCCCUGCACCCUGAAUUAUUUUCUAUCGAAAAUGGCCUCCUGACGCCAACAAUGAAGGCCAGAAGGCCAGAGCUUCGGAAUUACUUCAGGUCGCAGAUAGAUGAACUCUAUUCCACCAUCAAAGUCUAAUGUGAAAAAAAAACAAAAGCUCGGGAGAAACCACCCACCUCCACAGUCUUCUGCUGAUGGCCUUCAAGUUGGUAACUUUGACGACAGCGAGUGUAGGGAAGGAAA